UCAUCCAAAGCAAACAAAGCUCCCUCUCUCCUUUGCCAUCUCGUGACUGAUCCGUCCAUGGACGUUGCCGUCGAGAGGCCGCCGCCGGUGAAAGAGGAGAACAAGCCGGAGACCAUGGAUAUCGCAAGCGCCCUUCCGAUGGUCCUUGAGAGUUUCCCGUCCACGCAAAGAAAUCCGAUCACCACCAGCAAGGACGACAAGCUGGAGGCGACCAAGGCGGAGAUGGGCGAGGUGAGGGAGGAGAACGAGCGCCUCAAGACGCUGCUCUCCCACAUCGUCAGGGACUACCAGUCGCUCCAGACGCACUUCCAGGACGCCGUCAAGGUCAAGCACCAACCACCGGCCGCCGACAAGCUCCCUGCCGCCCCCGCGCCGGCGCCUACCGCCGACGAUCUCGUCUCUCUGUGCCUCGGCAGCGGCGGUUACGCCCGUCCCAAGGGCGCCCACCAGAGGUCGCUGUCCUCGUCGUCGUCCGGCACCGAGACCGACCCCGACGAUCAGCUGUCGCUCGGGCUGAGCAGCCGCCGCUCCACGGACGGCGACGACAGGCAGGCCGCCCGCCCGUCGGCUACGCCUCUUAUGAACCUCAGCUCCGACAGCAGCGCGGACGACGACGCCGCGCCCGGUCACCAGCUGCCGGCCGCCGCGUGCCCGCCGGCGACCAAAGCGCGCAAGAGCCCCGGCGCCGGGGUUGACGGAGCCGACGACGAGGUGCUCCAGCAGCAGGCCAAGAAGGCUAGGGUUUCCGUCCGUGUCAAAUGCGACACCCCCACGAUGAACGAUGGGUGCCAAUGGCGGAAGUACGGGCAGAAGAUCUCCAAGGGGAACCCGUGCCCGCGCGCCUACUACCGGUGCACCGUGGCGCCGUCCUGCCCGGUGCGGAAGCAGGUGCAGAGAUGCGCCGACGACAUGUCCAUCCUGAUCACGACGUACGAGGGCACGCACAGCCACCCGCUGCCGCCGGCCGCCGCGGCCAUGGCGUCCACCACCUCCGCCGCGGCGUCCAUGCUGCUCGCCGGCUCCUCCUCGUCCUCGUCCCACGGGCACCACCUCCCUUUCGCGUCCGCGGGGCUCCUGGGCCCGACCACCAUCUCCACCAUCGCGUCCUGCCCCACCGUCACGCUCGACCUCACCGCCCCGCACUCGCUCAUGCAGCAGCAGUACCAGUCUCCCUACGCGGCAGGGUACGAGUCCAAGGCGCUGCCGGCGGCGUGGAGCAGCGGCUACCUGGCGCCGUACGCCGGGGGCCUUCCGUUCUACGGCAAGAGCUCCUUGCCGGCGAUGGGGCAGCAUUUCGGCCUGGGCAUGGCGACGACGAGGGCGGAGCAGCUGUACGGCGCCGCCCAUUCGUCCUCGUACCUGCAGAGAACGUCCAGCGGCGGCGUCGUCCAUGGCGCGCCCGCGGCCGCGCCGGCGGUGACGGACACGAUCGCGAAGGCGAUCACGUCGGACCCGAGCUUCCAGUCGGUGCUGGCGGCGGCGAUCACGUCCUACAUGGGGCGCGGCGCCGGGGCGGCGGCGCACAAGUGAUCGAUCGACUCGCGCCGUGUAGAUCUUUUUGUUCACGCAGUUAAAUUUACUUCGUUUUGGUGUAUGAAUUGGCUUGGGAGAUCGACACAUGGUCAUCGAUCUAGUCUAGGGAUUAGUUGAUGUACAAUUAAUUGCACAUAUAUGGCAUGGAUGAGUCAACUGUAUAUGUACUGUGAGAAAGAAAGCGAUCAGAUCGUCCCAGCUGUAUAUGCACAUAGCGAGGCAUGUGAUUUAGGGGAUUAAACUUGUUUAUGCUCUCGUAUACCAACUUGUU